AUGCGACCUGCCACUGUAAACGAAAAGAAGCUAAUUGCGAAAGACCUUGUCGGCGCCGAAGAAAAGCUUCAUUCAUCCAGUACAUACUUCCAAAUCUACGACCGUUUGACGAGUCCCCAAUAUGCAACGGUCCAGGUUCAUCCUUCUGCCUUGAAUUCUCACGAUGACAUUCGAAGAUUAGCCCUUGAAUUGAGGGCAAAUCCACAAAGCACACGCGAAGAAUUUAGAGCUAAAGUAUUUCCAAAUAGUUCGACAGAUCCAGAGCUUGUAAUCGACCAGGAGCGUGCUAUUAAUGUCGCUGUGCAGAUUAUGUUGAUGAUCGAUUGCACUGAUAAAGAUCGUCAUUAUGAAGGCUACGAGAUAGGCGGCUUCCGGCCAGUCAGUUGGGAUAGCUCAGAGCAGUUCGCCGAUUUUGUUAAGAAAGUGUUUCCAAUAGACGUUCACGAUCAGGAGAAAGUUCGAACGGCAUUGAAAGAGAAGAAUGCGUUGAAAUGUUGGAAAUUAAGCAAGCGAGCACAUAUCAAAUUCCUUCCAACAGACAACAUAGCAGAGCAUCUUCUAUAUGACCCCAGAGACAAUGUCGUUCGUCUCUUCCGUCAAACGGCAUUUCUAAAAGCUCAUCUCCGACUUUCAGCCAGCCAACCUAUCGAGCUUGGAAUUACUCAAAGUCUCAAAGUAGGGACAUUACCACCGCAGCUGCUUCUGGAAACUUUACAUUCCUUGCAAUGUAUACUGUUCCCUCCAGCUGAUGAAAAGUCGUUUCGAUUUCUGGAGAACAUUAUUCAAGAUACAGAACCAAAUUUUGACUCCGAUUGUCUGCUUUACGAAGGAUAUAGCAGACCGGUACCGGAAAACUUUGAAUAUCAUUACUGGGGUGAUCGGCUUGCCGAGCUGAAUUAUCUUGUGACACAUCCAAGGUCGAGUCAUCGCAUUGGUCAGUGGAUACAAAGAAAUGCUUCAGAGAGGAACGCCUUGUUUGUAGCAAUUUUGUCCCUUGUUCUCUCGGCAUUAUUCGGUUUCUUGAGCGUUAUUCUAGGAAUAUUUCAGGCAUGGGUGGCAUAUAUGUCUUGGAAAGCGCAGGUGAAUGCUCCGCAAGCUUCGCAAGCUCCGUGA